AUGUCCCAACAACAUCCGUUUCAUACAUCGCCAAACGUACCCAACACUGUUGUUGGACAGCAGCAGCAGCAACAAUUUUACAAUCCCAAUCAGUACGGUUCUCAACCCUAUCAACAACAACCUCCUCACAACACAGUUGGAGGAGGAGGUUUCUAUCAACCACACCUACAACCACAAUGGAACAUGAACACUCAACAACAAGUAGUAGGCUCAUCAUCAACACCACCCAUCAGCAGCAGCAGCAACACUGGUGGUUUCUUUAAUCCAAUUCUCGCUCAGCAGAACAAGAGCACCACUUCUCUCGCACCACCUCCGACAAGUUUUGCUUUUGAUCAGCUGCAGUCGAGUCAGCAGCAACAACAACACUCAUCGUUGAGUAACAAUACUACUACUCCUCCUGUUUCAUCUUCUUCGUCCUCUCCAAGUCUUCAACAAGGAAGUUUAACCAGUUCCAUGGUGGAUCCAAUGAAUCGAUUGGGUAGUAUCAGUCCCACUAAUUUCAACUCGGCAAUGACUUCCAUCUCUUCAUCACCACCACCCAUGAUCAGCAGUGUAGGAGAUGGUCAAAAAGUUACAACACCGACUACGAUGACUGCAACUACUUCAACUACAACAACUCCAGCUCGAACCAAUGAGAAAAUUGAUCCAAGACAAAUGCCUUCUCCAGUAAGAUUACCCUUCCCGGAGGUGAAUGUCAAACAAGAAUAUCAAACAGCAAGCUUUUUGGAACAUUACAUGUUACCAACGACUGGUGGUGGGUCCAAUCCAACUCCAAACACACCAACUGCUUUUGGUGGUACAAGCACUCCACUCUUGGGUAAUUUUGCACUUUCCAAUCCACAACAACAACAACAAAACUCUUUUGGACUAUAUUCUCAGUCAAGUAAUCUUCCUUCAACUUUUCCAUUCAAUGCAACAGCAAUUCAACAACAACCCAAUACGACAAAUAUUACACCUUACUUUAAUGUGCCACCUCCACCUGCUGAUAGAAGAACUAGAAUUGUUUGUAAAGGUGCUUGUUCUCCAAAUCGUAUUCGUCCCUCUUUGUAUUGUAUUCCAAAUACAAAGAAGUUGUUAGAUUCUUCUCAAUUAAUGAUGGGAGCUAUGGUACAACCAAUGGCAUCUUUUGAUAUUCAUGAUCAACCUAAUUUCACUCCUUGUGUUGAUUUUUCAAAUUUUGAAAUUUUAAGAUGCUCUCGAUGUCGAGUCUACAUUAAUCCAUUUGUAAAGUUUAUUGAAAAUGGAAAAAAGUAUCAUUGUAACUUUUGUGGGUUUACCAAUACCACACCUGAUUGGUAUUAUUGUCCAACUGAUGUUUAUGGUGUCAGAACAGAUGUUUAUCAAAGACCCGAACUUUCUAUUGGUGAUGUAGAUUUUGUUGCAACCAAACAAUUCUUUGACAAUGGAAGAGAACCACAACCAAUGACCUUUGUUUAUGUCAUUGAUGUUGGGCAUGAUUCUGUUGAGGGUGGAGUAUUGAAGAGCGUGGUUGAUGCUCUUAAAUCAUCUCUAUUGAUUCAUGGACCCAAAUAUAGAAAUUGUAAAAUUACAUUCAUCACCUAUGCCAAGAAUAUUCAUUUCUACAAUUUUAAAAAGUCAAACUUCAAUAAUGGUGAAGAAGGCUUGAAACAAAAUCAUCCUCAAGUCAUGAUUAUGGCAGAUUUACAACAAAGUUUUGUACCUAUCCAUCAAGAAUCAAUGAUUACUAUUGGGGAUUUAAUUUAUAAGAAUUACAAUCCUAACACAGCAACAACCGAUCAAGUUUCUGAUGAAACACAUUUAAAUCAAUUCUUUGAUCGUUUCUAUGAAUUAGCAUCUCAUCUCGGUGAUAACUCGGCAGAGAAUACAUGUGGAAGUGCAAUGAAAUGUGCUGAAGAAUUACUCUCUGAAAGCGGUGGUCGAGUUUUACUCUUUACUUCCAAAGUUCCAACAUUGGGUCAAGGUAACUUUACUCUUCCUCCCAAUGCCUCUACAGCUGAACAGGAACGAAGAAAUCCAUUCAAACUCUAUGGUACCGACAGAGAAAAGGAAAUAUUCAUUCCUGAAUUAGGUUUUUGGAAGAAUUUAGGUAUCUCUUGUGCCAAGAAACAAAUUGGUAUUGAUAUUUUCCUCUUCUCAAAGAUGUUCAUAGAAACAACCAAUUUAGCAAGUGCCUCACAAACCACAGGUGGUCAUGUCUACUUGUAUCAUCAUUUCAAUCAAAAGAGAGAUUAUGAACGUGUCCUUUUAGAUAUGAACAGAUUCUUUGAAAGAGAGAGUGGUUAUGAUGCUGUUUUGAAAGUUAGAACUAGUUCAGGUAUUGGAAUUCGAAGAUAUUUUGGACACUUUUUCCAACAAACAGAGGAUAGCUUGGAUUUGGCUGUUAUUGAUUCUGACACUGCAUUUGGUGUUGAAUUUAAACAUGAUGAAAGUAAUUUAUUGAAUGCAAGUGAAUCUGGAAAUCACUAUAUUCAAUCUGCAUUGGUAUAUACAUCAUCCCAUGAUGGUAAGAGAUACCUUCGUGUUCAAACAUGCAAAUUGAAAACAAGUACGGAUUACAACACAUUGUUCAGAAGAUCUGAUGUUGGAGCAUGUUUGGCUUUAUUUUCAAGACUUUUUGUUCAUCAAGUGGUUCAGAAUAGAGAUACAUUGGAUACAGUUCGUGAUAUGAUUACAGAUCGUUUGAUCAAUAUUUUAGCAUGUUAUCGUAAGAAUUGUUCAACCAAUCAAGGAGCAGGACAAUUGAUUCUACCCGAAACUUUGAAAUAUCUUCCAUUAUACUUUUUAGGAUUGGCCAAAUCACCUGCGUUCUGUCGUUAUACAAGAGUAGCUCUUGAUAAGAAAAUUCACGCAUUCCAUUUGUUGAUGAAAUUUUCAAGUGCACAAGUCAUGCUCUUUUGCUUCCCUCGACUUUAUGAAUUGCAUCAUUUGGAUUUUAGUGAUGAAAUUAGUGCUAGCCGUGCAAGUGAAGAAGGUAGUACGGAAGAGUCAGAUCAUAUUAUACCAAUCACCACUGAUUUUGAUGGCUCCAGAUAUCCAUUCCCUCCAAUGAUUUCUCCUUGCUCAUCAGCCAUUUCUUCAAAUGGAAUUUAUUUAUUAUAUGAUGGCAAUGAAUGUAUGUUUUGGAUUGGCAGAAACGCACCUCAAGAUAAGAUUGUUGAUUUAUUUGGAGUUUCAAGAUUGGAAGACAUUUCAUUGUCAACUACCAAACCUCUUAUUUCGUUACUGAAUCGUAAGGAUGACCCUGAAGAUGAUCAGUUAACCAUACCAAAUGCACCAUUUAUUCACAAAGUCAAGUUUAUCUUGAAAGAAUCCAUUCUAAAAGGUGUCCAACAUGGUGGUAUAUUCGUUUACAAGGAAGGAAGCGAAGGAACAGACGGAUCAUUCUUUAUUCGAAUGGUUGAAGACAAGUUUGGAAGUGGUAUGUCUUCCUCUCCUAUCGACAAAUCAUACACAGAUUAUCUUUGUAUUUUGCACAGAGAAGUUUUAAAGCUGGUCUAA